AUGAAUCAAACAACAACAGAUACAGUUGGUAUAUGUACAGUACACAAUAAGAAACAAAAGAAUAUUUGUUUACAAUGUAAUCAAUUGGCUUGUGCUGUCUGCGCUGUGUUACAACAUAAACAACAUGAAAUGGAUCAUGUAGAUAACAUAAAGGCAAUGAUACAACAACAUAAAUAUGGUGAUACAUUCAAUGCAAGAUUGGAGACAUUGCUUGGAAGGUUCAAGGUCAUGUCAACUUCAUAUCAAAUACUGGACCAAUCAAAGUGUGAUCUCUCUGAACACUUUAGACAACUGCAUGAAUGGCUGAUUGUCGAGGAGCACAGGCUCAAGGCACCAAUCGUCGAGCAGUUGGACAAAGUCACAAAUUCAAUCAGUUGUAUAACUGGUGAGAUUGAGAGCAUCAACAGUAUAUUCAAUGAUUCUGUUCCACUUUCUGCACGAGAUGACAUUGACACGUUGAUCAAGGAGGUGGCGACAACUCAACCCACAGUGGAGCAGUUCAUGAACAAGACAUUCCCCCCGAGACAAGACGAUGGUUUCGAGUCGAUGCAAAUCAGUGACACACAGCUGUUGACGAUGGUUCAGCAAAGGAUCCAACACAUCAAAAGCCCAGCUCAGUCAGAGGACUACAAGUAUACCACUCAGCUAAAGAUCCACACUGAAAGGCUCAUUGAUGUCAGGAAGCAGAUUGGAAGAUGCUUUGAGAACAUUGACUUGGAGACCAGGGCCAAGGCAGAGAAGCUCCACAAUCAUAUGUUGGUGGUUGAUAGAGAAGGCUGGUCUUUGUACUCUUUGGACACCAGACAAUGGGUGAACCACCCAAGAGAGAAUGAAAAGACUAAUGUGGACAAAGCAGUUGUCUAUGCCCAAGGUCACGUUUACUGCUUUGGAUGCAUGGGCUCAUCUACAUAUGACAAGUUCUCAGUUGCAGACCAUCAAUGGAGGUACGACAUCCCGAUUGACACCAUUCAAGGAGGGUAUGAUAUCUCCGUAUGCUAUGACGGAAAUCGCUUUAUAUAUUUGGUCGGUGGCACUGAACAAGAUGGACAUACUCUGAAUCGUGUCGAUCGAUUUAACAUUGAAACACAAGAGUUCAGCCAUGUUGGAGAACUACCACAAGAUGUUGAUAAGGCAACAACCUUUGUCAAGGAUGGGGAGUUGUACGUGGCCUGUCAAUUCCGCGAAAUUAUGGUUAUGAACCUCAAGACACUACAAACAAGAUACCUCCGCUUAGACCUAUCAUUGUACAUUGAAAGGAUGUUUUGUUUCGAUUCAAAGGACACAUUGUACUGCCUAGACGCUCAUGGUUUCUUCGCCGUCACACUGUCAACUGAAAAGAUAGUUGUACUAGGUGCUGCACAUCAAUUCGAGUACUACUCUCAUCUGCAUUGGACUCCUGAGCACGGUAUCUUCAUCACCAAUGGCAAAGGAAACAAACAUGUUUCUUACUCAGUAGAGAAUGAUCAAUGGGAAGACACACAAAUCGAUGCCGAACUCUUCAAUACUUGUUAUGGUAUCUGUUUGAUAAGAAUAGAA